UGAGAAUCCUCCGCCCAAACAAGUUCAUGUUUCGAAGAAAGCUAGCAAGGGUUUCAAGACAUGAGGUAAGGCCAAACAUGAGGUAAUGUAACGGAGGUCCUUCAGAAACAAGGUGAUGUAUGAUAUGGAUGUAGUGCUGAUGUGUACGUACGUAGAAUUGAAUAUAAUCUUGUACGUACCGUCGGAAAGUAUGUCAUGGAUGACCUCUAAAAGCCUAGUUAUUAUUGUCUGAUCACACGGCGAUAAGCUGCAUCAGAAUUUUACAAGUUAUACAUAAUAUUUAAAAACCUUAGAUUCCAAGCUUCCAGAGGGGCGGCUGGACCCAAAAGAACAAGACAUGGUUAAAAAUUAUAAAUCCCCACAAAUCCAGAACUGAUCUUUGUUAUUGGUUUGGAAAUCCACAAUAAUUUAAUUUUCUUCUUUCUUUAGGUUUGGGAAUGCUUUGGUUGUUGACACCGAGUAAAGGGGCGCCCCUCUCCAAGUAAACCCUAAUCAGCGCGUGAUGAUUAGCAAAAGCAGAUGUCAUUCACCAUUGCUGUGAUGCCAUCAAAGAUGACCAUGACCUAGCCUUCUGGUCCUCAUUACACUCUUUCUUGCGUUGCACUAAAAGAUGAUGACCUGUACGUCUUCCUCGUCUGAUAUAAAAGGGUAUCUGACAGACUAAAGAGUCUUCACAUAUCACACCUAAAACAUAAAUUAAGCUAAUCAUAUAUACAUGGAGUGUACUUGGCCAGCUUCACGGAAACUUCAGGAAAAGGUAAAGGAAGAGCUGCUCCGAGGGCAUGAACUUGCGAAUCAGCUUCGCUUGGUAGUCGGUAAUGGUGAUGGUGGAUUAUUGGCCAAAGGUUUUGUUAAGAAGAUCGGGUGCUCGUUCACGAGUUGCCUUUCCCUCUUAACUGGGAAUCAUGAGUCUAAGGGGGAGUAUAUUCAAGUCAGUACAGGUCGUAGUACUUUUGCUCUUCCUACUAUAGUAGAAUCAUCAUCCAGCUGGGAUGCUCUCAAGACGAUCAAGAGUAGGGAAACGUUUACGGAUAGUGGUAGUUCUUCCAAGAAAAGGAAAACUUCACACUCAUGGAGUAGAGACGCUCCUGAUUUCAUUGAUGAUGGUCAUGCAUGGAGAAAGUACGGACAGAAACAGAUCCUUAAUGCCAGGCACCCAAGGAGCUACUUCAGGUGCAGUCAUAAGUAUGAACAAGGUUGCAAGGCGACCAAGCAGGUGCAGAAAGUUGAAGAUGAUCCGUCGUUGUUUCGGACUACAUAUUUCGGAAAUCACACAUGCAAUCAUAGCUUACUCAAAUCUCCUGAACUCAUCCUUGAUAACGUAAUCGGUGGUAGUCCCAUAGAAGAGUCUAAUUCCAUGUUUACGAUCACAUUUGAGAACAACAACUUACCUUACGAACUAGAACACCCCUUUUUCUCAUCCAACACAUCAAUCGAAAGAGAGAUCAUUAAAUCUAAUCAUGUGGUGAGCAGCCAUUCAUCAUCACUAUCUUUUGAUUAUCUUGUGCAACGAGAUCAACCGAUGCUGUUCGAGUCAUCUGAGCCGGCCAGCAGCAGGUUGCCAGCAAUGAUGGAAUACUUUGCGCAAGAAAUUUUGCCAAUGCUUUGA